GCUGGACAUCUACCACCAUGUAUACCAUCUCAAACAUCUAUGUUCUAGCUGCCUUUGGCACGAUUGGCGGUGCUCUCUUCGGCUUUGAUGUUUCGUCAAUGAGUGCAUGGAUUGGCCAGGAUCAGUACCUCGACUACUUCAACCAUCCUGACUCGAACUUGCAGGGAGGCAUCACGGCUUCUAUGUCUGGUGGUUCUUUCCUGGGUGCUCUUGCUGCUGGAUUCAUCUGUGAUGCUAUCGGCCGUCGCAGAUCUUUGAUGCUGGCAUCUAUCAUCUGGAUUAUCGGCGCUGCCAUUCAGUGCAGCUCUCAAAAUGUCGCUCAAUUGAUUAUCGGUCGUCUCGUCAGUGGUCUCGCUGUUGGUAUCACGUCUUCUCAAGUGNGUAUCCUUAUCAUGUUUUUGAUCGCCUACGGCUGUGCCAAGGGAGUCAGUGGUCCUUCAGCCUUCCGUAUCGCUUGGGGCAUCCAAGGUAUCCCUGCAUUCAUUCUCUUCGGAUCCUUGUUCUUUNUCCCGGAAUCACCUCGUUGGCUUGGAUCCAAGGGCCGCUGGCAAGAAGUUGAAAAUACUCUUGCCCUCCUACACGCUAAGGGAAACCUGGACGACCCUGCUGUUCAGGCUGAAUUGCUGGAGAUCCGCGAAGCUGUCGCUGCAUCUCAAAACACUGAGGGCGUCACUUUCUUCGGACUGUUCAGCAAGAACAUGUGGAGACGAACCAUGUGCGGCACCACAGUUCAGAUGUGGCAACAACUGAUCGGAGGCAACGUCGCCAUGUACUACAUUGUCUACGUCUUCGAAAUGGCUGGUCUCGGCGAUCAAACCCUUACUUCAUCCAUCAUCCAANUAGUGAGUUUUUGUGCCAUAUCGGUUCUCUCAAGCCGAAUUGUCAUCUUCCUGGUGACCACUGGUGUUAUUCUGCCCUACAUCGACAGAAUCCCUCGUCGUCUGCUUCUCCUGACUGGAUCUAUCGCCUGCUGUAUCUGCCACUUCACCAUUGCUGGACUUAUGGCUAGCUACGGACACCAUGUGGAUUCUAUCGAUGGCAACACUAUCCUCAGAUGGCAGGUUGACAACAACACUGCAGCCAAGGGCAUCAUCGCCGUCAGCUACAUCUUUGUUGGCUUCUACGGAUUUACCUGGGCUCCUUGUGGUUGGAUCUACAGCUCCGAGGUCUUUCCUCUCAAGUACCGUGCUCAGGGAGUCGGUCUCUCUGCUGCUACUAACUGGAUCUUCAACUUUGCUCUCUGGAAGACUUACAUCAUUUUCGGUGUUUUCUGCUUCGUCAUGACCUUCCACAUUUUCUUCACGUAUCCUGAAACAAAAUCCAAGACCUUGGAGGAGAUUGACGUUCUGUUUGACGCCAGAAUCCCUCCAUGGAAGAGCAAUCAAGUCAAGAGCCGCUUCAGCGAAAGAGUCGAGACUGCUGUCCGCAAAGGCUCUAUCACUGAGCACGUCGAGAACGAAGCUGAUAAGAAGAGCUCCGACUUUGCUGUUCAGAAGGAGACUGUU